GCUUCAUUCGAUUUCAGUGCAUACGACGUCUGUUGCCGAGUAGUUUGUGAACAUAUGGUGAAAUUGCAUCAAAAUGGUUGUAUUAACCACACAAGAGUAUACCGAAAUACAAAAUUUCGUCCGUAAUUACAAUGGGCUGUCGACCGACUGUAACCUGGAAUUGGGAUUAAAAUUUCCCAAAUACCCACCGGAAACUCUCGGCAGUAUCCUCGCGAAAGAAGUUUUGCAGCGGGUUAAGAUAAAUCAUUCCAAAAUAACGGCGAAAGCUGCUUCGUUGGUUAAAGAUUAUCAAACACAAGCCGAUCAAACAAAAGCACACGAUAUUUUGCUAAAGAUGUCCAUAAAGUUACGUGUACCUUCGCUUGUGCUGUGUCGCAUCUUUCUUGCCAAAAGGUACCCGUAUUCAACGCGAGCUGAAAUCGCCGAAAUGCUGAGGAUACCGGACGUCAUAGGAGAUUCGUUGCUGGCAGUGAACGUAGGCUACUGCUUGUACAGUGAGAUCAUGGACGGGCCAAUUACGGAUGCGAUACGACGAUGUAUCGGCGAAGAAUAUGAGGUCCGAUUAAAAAAAUUUGCUCGUGAAGCUGGUAUGGUAUUCUACGAUGAACGAGAUCUUCGCCGAACGGGCUAUGAUAAGACACCCGACUUAAAGUUAGCCGUACCAUUCCUGUUUCGUGGACAGGUGAUAAACUGGAUCGAAAGUAAAGCAUCCUUUGGGGAUGUAGAUUCUCACAAGCGAUACAUAAAAGAUCAAUUAACAAGCUACGGAAAUCGCUUCGGUUCUGGUCUGGUAAUUUAUUGGUUGGGAUUUAUCGAAACCAUCGCGGAUUGUCCGGAGAACGGAAAUUAUGUGCUAGUAACAGAUCAGUUUCCCACCCAAAAUGAAAUGGAGUUUCUGAAAUUUAAUCUACCUGAAUCAGUUGCAGAUAUUAGUUCGGCCGAAGAUGUGUGUGACUCUCUCAAUAGAAUAAAAGUAUGA